CUCUUUUAGUAUUCAUAUAAUUCACUGGUAAUAUUACACAGUUAUGUGUUGUAAGGUACUCUUGUUCUAGCUGAGAGGAGUUAAAGAUAGUUAACCCGACAGUAUGGAUGCUUUCUACAUGAUUAUAUUGUUUCACAUUGGUGGUGCACAAGGAAGCACACACUUAUUGAUCCUAAACAAAGAAAAGAGUGUUACUUUGACAUGUCACCAGAAGAGCAGCCCUCUUUGGUAUGUCGAUUGUAACCUUGACUUUAAGUUGGAUUCUGAUGUUAAAUGCCAAAAAGAUGAAAAGGUGAAAUGUGACAUCAACUCAAACACUAUUACACUUGAUGAACUAGAGUGGAACAGUGGAAUUUAUGCUUGUGGACCCAGUUCAAACCAGGAAUCAUCUUGCCAAAAGAAUACAUUAUUAAAUUCUUUGUUUACUGAAUGUAACUGUCAGUCUUUGGAUUUUUUCAUCUUGGCAGUGAAAGAUGAAGAUGAGAAAGGGAAGACCAUCAUUCCAAAAGAAGAAGUAUCAGCAGACUCAUUAACUAAAAUGCCUGGAAACAAUGUUACACUACCAUGCAAAUUCAACAUGACACAAAGUUUGUCUUAUACAGUGUAUUGGAUCAAAUCAGAGAAUGGCAAUAAAUGUCUCCGUUCUUAUUAUGUAACUAGUGAACACAUCUCAAACAACUCCCAUUGCUGUAUUGAGGGGAACUUUCCAGAGAGAAUGAUUUACAAAGUACCACCAAAUCCAUAUUUGAAUCCCUAUGUACUUGACCUUAUUAUAACUAACGUUAUAGACUCUGAUCGGGGGCGGUAUGUCUGUAUAGUACGUGUGUUUGACUCCAACAAGAUCACCUGGAGGGUUAUAACCAACAUCUCUAUUGAUAUCUCUACCAGCAAAAGUCCAGUCAGCACCUCAAAACCACAAAAUACCUCUCAACCAAAGAAUCCAUUGCUCCCUUUGUACAUUAUCGGUGCUGUUGUGCUGGCAGUUCUUGCAGGUGCUAUUGCCCUUGCGAUGAGAAAGAAGAAAGCAAACACAAAGGGUUCUACAUCUUUAAGGAUGCAAAGAGACCAACAAGCGGUUGAAUUACAAGACACUGAUUGUACAUCAUACCCUGCUGUGGGCAGAAAUACUACUGAAGGCGCCAACACUCUAGAGCCUUACUCUGUGGUGAGACUGGCGCCGGGGUCCUGCAGCCAGGAGAUGGGAGAUGCGAUGAAGCCAGAGCGGGCUGAGAUCACCGCAGAGGCAGAGCCCUAUUCGGUGGUCAGGUUGAACACCGAGUAUGAAGGGAUAGCUCUUUCGUCAAGCGAGGCCCCCAAACCAACUGAACAGCAGGGCAAUGGCAAUGCACCAGCUAACCACGAAACCCACAUAUACGACAAAAUUGAUGACAAUCAAAAGAUGUCUAAAUGAGUAAUGAGGGUACAUAGAGUGCAUUGCUAAACAAAGCUAGCACUUAUAAAAUGUUUGCCAUAGUCGAAUUGUAGUAAAACACAGUAAAAACAUUGUGAAAGCAUGUAAGUAGGUAAGCAAUAGCAUACUACAGCAUUGUAAAGUACAGAUCAUUGUAUAGAAUAAUCGUGUGCAAAGCAUGUUUACAAUGUCCUGUGACGUUGCCUAAAGAUGUUCUUUAUGUUCAGACUGUUUUCAAUUUCCCUUAAUUUCAAAUGUACCCCUGCCUAACCAGGGAGCCCAUUAGGUAAAUAGAAGUAUGUUAUAUGAUAGAUUGAGUUUUAACAGACAGAAACUUUGCUUUUGAUAGCUUUGCACUAUAGGAAACAUUUUAGUUGCAGAAUUAUGCUGUAUAUCGGACUAUAUUGCUUUGUAAGAUGAACUUUCAUUUGUGUAUUGAUUUUUAAGUGUAGUUUGUUUGUCCAUACAUUAAUAAACAGCAUUUUAUGA